UUGAUAUCUAAGCAAGAAUUUGGAAACCAUGAUGAACUUGACUUUGAGUUUAUUGGCACAAAAGGAUUGAUACAAACAAAUAUCUUCACAAAUGAUGGAGGUAACAGAGAGAAGAGGAUUCAACUUGGGUUUGAUCCCUCCAAAGAUUUUCACACAUAUGAAAUUGAUUUGAGUUCUAGAAGAGUUGUGUUUAGAAUUGAUAAUAAGCCAAUAAGAGUGUUCCUGCACAGUAGUAGAAGGAACUACAUAUCAAAGCCAUUACAUGUGGAGGCAAGCAUCUGGAAUGGAACAUGGGCUGGGGUUGUGGAUUGGAAGAAAGGACCUUUUAAAGCAUAUUAUCAAGGGUUUUAUAUUCAAGGAACUAUUUGCAAUUCAUAA